GAGAAGGCUGCGAGCAGGAUCCCCUACUCCGCAGGCGGCGCGAGGCGUCUCGCUCUCCGUGGCGGCUGCGAGGGGAGAAGGAGCGCGGGGGCUGGGUGGAAUCGAGGAGCGAGGAAAAAGAGAAGGGGCGGGGGAGAGGGACCAGGGACAGCAUCGGGGGGAAUCUCGCGAGGGUUGGAGUUUUGGCGAGAGUUUGUGGAAGAUGGCGCCUGUUGUGACAGGAAUCUGACAACCCUGGAUUAUAUUCACCAUUUUGCCAUUUCCAGACUACUCUUUUUGAAGCGAAAUAUGAAGCAUAUAUCCAAUAGAAAACUCACUUGGACUGUUGAAAAAAAGAAAAUAUAACAGCAUUGGAAUAUCCUGUAGAAAGCUGAAGGGAAGCUCAAUGAAAUUUACAAGUGACCAAAUUCUCCAUCUCUGAUUGUGACUAAAGUGAAGUGGUCUCAUUUUUGACAGUGUUUGAUGUCAUUGAAAUUAUGAGACUAUCAUUCAAAUGGAAGCAUUAUAGUUCUUCGGAACCAUUAUGAUCUCAAAAGGAAAGAAUGAUACAGAUACACUGGCUGAGGUGUUUUGAGGUGCAUCGAAGUGUUCCAAGCUGUGACUUACCUUAACAUGUUCUUGAAGUACCAUGGCGUGGAUUAAAAGUGUGGUAGAAGUGAAUCAACCCAGAGAGAGUGCUGAAUUCAGGAAAUUUGGUGAGCGGCCUCCACCCAAACGACUCACUAGGGAAGCUAUGCGAAAUUAUUUAAAAGAGCGAGGGGAUCAAACAGUGCUCAUUCUUCAUGCAAAAGUUGCACAGAAGUCAUAUGGAAAUGAAAAAAGGUUCUUUUGCCCGCCUCCAUGUGUGUAUCUUAUGGGCAAUGGAUGGAAGAAAAAAAAAGAACAAAUGGAACGUGAUGGUUGUUCUGAACAAGAGUCUCAACCAUGUGCAUUUAUUGGAAUAGGAAAUAGUGACCAAGAAAUGCAGCAGCUGAACUUGGAAGGAAAGAACUAUUGCACAGCCAAAACAUUGUACAUAUCUGAUUCAGACAAAAGAAAACACUUCAUGUUAUCUGUAAAGAUGUUCUAUGGCAACAGUGAUGACAUUGGCGUGUUCCUCAGCAAGAGAAUAAAAGUCAUCUCCAAACCUUCCAAAAAGAAGCAGUCAUUGAAAAAUGCUGACUUGUGCAUUGCCUCAGGAACUAAGGUGGCUUUGUUUAAUCGACUUCGAUCCCAGACAGUUAGUACCAGAUACUUGCAUGUAGAAGGAGGCAAUUUCCAUGCCAGCUCACAGCAAUGGGGAGCGUUUUACAUUCACCUCUUGGAUGAUGACGAAUCGGAAGGAGAAGAAUUCACAGUCCGAGAUGGUUACAUCCACUAUGGGCAAACAGUCAAGCUUGUGUGCUCCGUUACUGGCAUGGCACUCCCAAGAUUGAUAAUUAGGAAAGUUGACAAGCAGACGGCAUUGCUGGAUGCGGAUGAUCCUGUCUCACAGCUGCAUAAAUGUGCGUUUUACCUUAAGGAUACAGAAAGAAUGUACUUGUGCCUUUCUCAAGAAAGGAUAAUCCAAUUUCAGGCCACUCCAUGUCCAAAAGAACCAAAUAAGGAGAUGAUAAAUGAUGGAGCCUCCUGGACAAUCAUUAGCACGGAUAAGGCAGAGUACACGUUUUACGAGGGGAUGGGCCCGGUCCUUGCCCCAGUCACCCCUGUGCCUGUUGUAGAAAGUCUGCAGUUGAAUGGCGGCGGGGAUGUAGCAAUGCUUGAACUUACAGGACAGAAUUUCACUCCAAAUUUACGAGUGUGGUUUGGGGAUGUGGAAGCUGAAACCAUGUACAGAUGUGGAGAGAGUAUGCUCUGUGUUGUCCCAGACAUUUCUGCAUUCCGAGAAGGUUGGAGAUGGGUCCGGCAGCCAGUCCAGGUUCCAGUAACUUUGGUCCGAAAUGACGGAAUCAUUUAUUCCACCAGCCUUACCUUUACCUACACACCAGAACCAGGUCCACGGCCACACUGCAGUGCAGCAGGGGCAAUCCUUCGAGCCAACUCAAGCCAAGUGCCCCCUAAUGAGUCAAACACAAACAGCGAGGGAAGUUACACAAAUGCCAGCACAAAUUCAACCAGUGUCACAACAUCUACAGCAACAGUGGUGUCCUAACUACCGUCUUCUGUUGGGACUUAAACUGACUUGAGUGUGGCAGAAAAUUGACAAAAAACAAAAAGGAAGAAAAAAAAUGAACAAUCUUUUGUGGUUUCUUGGGAAAACUUUUCAUACAAGGUGAUGUUAUUCAAAAACCCUGUUUGCCUGCAAGUGCUGAUUUGAAAUGCAGAAGCCACAGUAAAA